CCCCCAGCUCCCCAGCUCCCCAGCGUUUCCUGGUGGAGACAGUCCGAAGCCUUUCUGGUGUCUGUGCGAUGGGCUCCGCUGUCCUGAGCGGCAGGGUUUGCUGCCCGCGCCUGGCCCUGAUCUGGCUCCAAUUGUCAAUGCUCCGCAGCCAAGGUCAACAAACAGUGCCAGCCCCGAGCUGGGAGGCGAUUGACUCGCGUCCCCUGCCCCCCUGGUAUGACCAAGCCAAGUUUGGCAUCUUCAUUCACUGGGGAGUCUUCUCGGUGCCCAGCUUCGGCAGUGAGUGGUUCUGGUACUACUGGCAGAAAGAAAAAUUGAAACCCUAUGUCGACUUUAUGGAAAGAAACUAUCCUCCUGACUUUACAUAUGCAGAAUUUGCUCCCAUGUUCUCUGCUACCUUCUUCGAUGCAGCAGAAUGGGCUGACCUCCUCAGUGCCUCAGGGGCCAAGUAUGUUGUCCUGACCUCCAAACACCAUGAAGGCUUUACACUGUGGGGAUCCAAGUAUUCUUGGAAUUGGAAUGCGAUUGACACCGGUCCUCACCGUGACCUUGUUGGAGAACUUGCUGAUGCUGUUCGAAACAGGACAAAGCUGAGAUUUGGCCUGUACCAUUCUCUCUUUGAAUGGUUUAACCCAGCCUUCCUGGAAGAUGCUGGCAAUGUGUUUACAACCAACAAGUUCCCCACAACCAAGAGCUUGCCCGAGCUGUAUGAAAUUGUGAACAAAUACCGGCCAGAAAUCCUGUGGUCCGAUGGAGAUGGGGAUGCACCUGAUUCCUACUGGAACAGCACGGGCUUCCUGGAUUGGCUGUAUAACCACAGUCCAGUUGGGAAGACGGUUGUAACUAACGACCGCUGGGGUUAUGGCACAAUCUGCAAACAUGGCGGCUACUACACAUGUACCGAUCGGUAUAAUCCAGGCCACCUCCUGGCUCAUAAAUGGGAGAACUGCAUGACCCUAGACAGCAAAUCCUGGGGAUACAGGAGAGAGGCAAAGCUCAGUGAUUAUCUUUCAAUAGAACAACUGGUGAAGACCCUGGUUGAAACCGUCUCCUGUGGAGGAAAUCUCUUAAUGAACAUUGGGCCCACUCAUGAUGGACGGAUACUCCCCAUCUUUGCGGAGAGGCUGCAGCAGAUGGGACAGUGGCUACAAGUAAACGGAGAGGCGAUAUACAACACAAAGACUUGGAGAAACCAGAACGACACUAUCACCCCCGGGGUUUGGUACACGUCUGCAGCUGAAGAAGGAGUGGUUUAUGCGGUAUUCCUCAGCUGGCCGAAACUGGGAUUGCUGACCCUUGGUGCUCCCCAUGUUACAGUAGGAAAAACAAAGGUAAACCUCGUUGGAUACUCUGAACCUCUGCAAUGGGAGAGGUUUGGAGACCAGGGACUGCUGGUAAUGCUGCCCAGACUCAACAUCAGACAAUUACCUUGUCAGUGGGGUUGGACACUGAAACUCAGUAAUACCUCUUGAUGGGAUCGAGCAGAAUCGAGUGACAUUCUACCAGGGUUCUUGCACUGUAUGGCUGGUGUCCCUGCAGCUAGACAAAUUUCAUUCCUUUUCUUUCUCACUUGUUUUGUUUAACCUUUUACCUCGGACAUUAGAAAUUUCAAUUACUGAAGAAAAGUUGUGAUUUUACCAGAUGCUGAAAGUGAUUUUGUUGAUGCUGUGAAGAUUAAACACAAAUAAUCUUU